AUGACUGAGAAUCUGCAUCAGACAAUAUUCGAGAUCCGAGACGCCUACCAAUUCUCAUAUCCUUAUGUGAGAGGCAUUCGCGUAAGGUGCCACACCGAAAACGCCUUCAUUAUUCUGUACAGUGUACGAUGUGCAAGAGACAACACCCUUCGCACCACAGCCACGCCCCCUAUUCCAGAACAUUCCCACGGCCAAAUUGUUUCCGCUCCCGGCCAACGCUACGUUUUCAAUCCAACCCUCUCCAGGCUCUCCGCCCCGCACUCCUCUUCUUCACCCAAUCCCUACAAACCAAAAGACUACAAAGUCAUGGCUACAGCAGUCAUCGUCGGCGUCACCGCAGUGAGCGCCGCCAUCCUCGGACGUUCGUUCAUCCGGCAAGGAUUAUUCGUUGGCAAGAACGCCGACAAGUGGGUCAAGGGAGGGUUUAAAGCCAAGAUGGACAGGAAGGAAGCCAUCGAGAUUCUGGGUCUCAAGUGCGUAUCUUCUGCUUCUCGCAUUGUACAAUGGACGGUCCAGCGCUCCGCAAAAACCUCAAAGACGCACACCGACGAAUCAUGUUGGCAAACCACCCCGAUCGAGGAGGCUCGCCUUACCUCGCAUCGAAGAUUAACGAAGCCAAAGAUCUCCUGGAAAAGAAUAUGCGAUGAUUCGUGUCUGCCCUUUCGCUUUCGUUCGCUCUCGUGGGGAGGUUGGUUGGAUAGCGUUGUAUCAUUUAGCAUAUUUACCCUAUUGGCAUUAAUAUCCGCCUGCUAUAAUAUCACCACUCAGAAUGCUCUCGCACAAGCUACUGGACACCAGCUUAUUCCUUCUCGACGAACGCCCACGACCAUGUCCACCGCCGAACUCCCUCCUUCUAAACUUGGAACCAAAGAACACUGGGACCAAGUGUACGAGCGCGAGUUGACCAACUUUGAAGAGAUUGGAGAUGAGGGUGAAAUAUGGCGAGUAUACGUUGACGAGCCUUUGCUGUUCGGCGAGGAUUCUGUCGAAAAAAUGGUUGACUGGGCAGUAGACAACAUCCCUCCAACUGAUAACCCGACCAUCCUUGAAGUGGGGAGCGGGAAUGGAACACUUCUGUUUGGGUUGCAUGAAGCGGGGUAUGGUCCAACGCUGUUGGCUGGCAUCGACUAUAGUAUGGGAGCCGUGAAGUUGGCGAGGGGAAUUGCGGUGCAGAAGACCAAAGAGGGUCGAGAUGAGGAGGACGAGGACGAAGCAGGAGAAGAGGUUGAAAAAGAAAGCGGGAAGGCAGGGGCAGACCAAAUCCUGUUCGAUCAGUGCGACUUUCUGGAAGACACGCCCCUUGCACUUCCAAUUCACAGUGAAGGCGCCAAACGGGAGAGGAAAACGGGAGUGUGGGACUUGUUGCUGGACAAGGGGACAUACGAUGCGAUUGCACUUGGGGAGAAGGAUGAACAGGGACGGUCGCCAGCUGUGAGAUACCCUGGGCGGGUGGUGAGGCUGUUGAAACCCGGAGGGAUUUUCUUGAUCACAUCAUGCAACUUUAUAGAAGACGAACUAAAAGCGAGCUUCUGCACUCAGGAAACCGGACUGGUUUAUCACUCCAACGUGCGACACCCAACAUUCACUUUUGGAGGUCACAGCGGAAGCAGUGUAGUCACAGUCGCGUUCCAGAAGCCCACCUCGGCGUAG